AUGCCAAAUCGUGAAUCGCAAGUCAAUGUGUCUUCAUUAGCUGUAUUGAGUCGUGCCAAUGACAUACCGGAUUAUAUCGGUAGUGCUGCAGUAGCAGUCACUAAUAAAGGUCUAGCUGUCUUUCACUUCGAAAAAUGGACAUUAGCACAACAAGCGGAACACUUUCAAAAAUUUCUUGAUCAACCAGGUAGACACGAUAAAUAUGGUCUCGUAUCUAGUUGUCAUAUGUCAUCUUGGGGCGAUAUUCGUACUUGCAUGAAAGGACCAAACGAUAAUGAUGGUCUUUGGACAUCAAUGUAUUUAGCAAGUAUUCUUGGCUAUCCUGGCCGUUCAUUUGCAAAACGUACUGAUUUUCCUCCUAGUCCUGACUGGUAUCCUUCUCCCAUUUAUUCCAAUCUACAAUUUAAAGGCGAUACGUCAUCGGAUGAAAUUGUAGGUCACGAAUUUGUCUAUCCACUCGUACGUGAUUUAUUGGCUGAAAAUGAUAAUGAGCGUCAACGAGCCUACAUACUCACGUUUAAUAUUACUAAUCAUAUUUUAACUCAUGACUGGUAUUUAAUGGGUGAAAAUCAUACACAUACAACAUGGGGCAUUUGGAAUCCGAUUCUGGUGAACGAUAAUGAUUUUUACCAGGAAAGUCGAGGCCUUAAUAGUCUUCAAAUAUUAGCUUUUCUAUUACAAACCUAUGCUUAUAGUGGCGACGAACGUUUUCUUGAUGGCGCCUAUCUUCUCACUGAAUCAUAUCAAUAUGAUGUCAACCUUAUCAAUGAAAAGACAAUUGCUGUUUGUGAUAAUAGUUUUUCCGAUGAUGAAUUAGCAUAUUUAUCAUAUUUUACACUAGUUCAUGCAUGUCAUUCAAUUACUUCAUCGAGUAGUCUAUCACCAAAACAGAAACAACAUGCACGAACAUUGAUUGAUCACUUAUUAGAAUAUAUGAAAGUUGGAUUAAAUCUAUCACAUAAAUACAAACAAAUGGAAAAAUCCCCAUUCUAUAACUUUAUCUAUUGUUAUGUUAGCGGUCAAGUCAAUCAAACUCGACGCCUAUUUAAAAAACACAAUUUAUCAUCUACGAAAUCGUCUGAUUUUGAUUGUCACUCAUUAUCCAAUGAUGGUAUAUGGUAUAUGCAACGUUGGCCACUUGAACUUAUCGAUUGGCAACAAUUCAAUAGUGAUCGAUUAGAUAUUCAAAUUAACGUACCAGCAGAGUGCAGUUCGAAACCAUCUUCAUUACAAAUGUUGCCGCCUGAUGAACGAUCUUCUAAGAAAUGGAAUGGAAAUAUCUAUGAUUUAGAUGAUGGUAGUGGAUUUAAUGAAGAUGAUCCAGCUGCUUUCUUAUUAAGUUAUUGGGGAAUGCGUUAUUUCAACUUAUUAGAAUAG